CCCGCCCCCCGCAGCCACAUCCAGGUCCUGGCCGGCUCGCACAACCUGUCCUCGCCCUCGGCCUCCCAGCAGUACUCCGCCGCCGCCGAGGUUUUCGUGCACCCCGACUACGAGCCAAUGGGGGACGAGGAUGGGGGCGGUGACGUCACGGCGGAAGGGGCGGGACUUCCGCACGAUCUGAUGCUGCUCCGCCUCGACCCCCCCUUCACCCUCGGCCCCUCGGUGCGGCCGCUGCCCCUCCCCCUCACGGAGGCCCAGCCUGGGACGGCCUGCACGGUGAUGGGAUACGGCAGCACUGGAGCGUCGUACCCGGAAGUCCCGCAUUGCCUCAACGUGACGCUGCUGAGCGACGCCGAGUGCCGGGCGGCGCACGGUGAUGACGUCACCGACGGCGCUCUGUGCGCCGGGGGGGUGAAGGGGGAGGACUCGUGUCAGGGCGACUCCGGCUCCCCGCUGCUGUGCGCAGGCGCGGUGCAGGGCGUGGUUUGGUGGGGGCCGAACCCCUGCGGGCAGGAGGGGAAACCGGGCGUCUAUGGGGACGUCUUCCGCUACAGGGACUGGAUCCUACAGACCAUGCGGGGCGCCUCUGAGCCCCACAGCCCCAACACCGCCCCAUAACCCCACCCCAUAACCCCAACACCGCCCCAUAACCCCACCCCAU